AUGGACGGAGCGAAUGUAUUAUGCCAGGCCCUCAAACAUCAGGGCGUUGAGUAUAUGUUUGGAGUGGUUGGAUUCCCGGUGAUUGAAGUGGGAAUGGCUGCCCAGGCACAUGGCAUCAAAUAUAUCGGAUGCAGGAACGAGCAGGCUGCGGCGUACGCAGCCCAGGCGAUGGGAUAUUUGAGUGGGCAUCCAGCGGUGUGUCUCGUAGUGUCUGGCCCUGGAAUAUUGCAUGCUAUCGGGGGGCUGGCUAAUGCUACCGUCAAUUGCUGGCCGAUGAUCUGUAUUGGCGGAGCUUCAGAUGUGGAUCAAGAAGGAAGGGGCGCCUUUCAGGAAUGGCCCCAAUUGGAGAGUGCUCGAGCCGCGUGCAAAUAUGUCAGCCGCCCGACUACGGUGGAGGCCAUCCCGCAUCACGUCGAAAAGGCCGUCCGCACGUGUAUGUACGGUAGACCGGGCGCCGUUUAUAUUGAUCUACCCGGAAAUUUGGUGUUGACUUCCGUCGAAUCUGAGGAAACCAUUCCAUGCCCACCAAAGGUUCCUCUACCUCCUCCCGUCUCUGUCCCUCCACUCCCCAUCACCCAGAUAGCCAUUGAUGUUCUGAAAGGGGCCAAGAAACCACUUGUUAUCAUCGGAAAGGGUGCCGCCUGGUCAGAGCGUGGCCCGCUGGCCGUCCAACGUUUCCUGACCCGUACCCAAUUGCCAUGGCUUGUCACCCCUGGUGGAAAGGGUGUUGUACCCGAUGAGAUGGCACGUUGCGUUGGUCCAGCCCGUUCGUAUGCCCUAAAAGAAGCGGAUACAAUCUUCUUGAUUGGCGCUCGCCUGAAUUGGAUGCUCCAUUUCGGGAUGCCCCCUCGAUUCAACCCGAAUGUCAAGAUUGUACACGUGGAUCUGGCCCCCGAGGAAUUCCAUCAAAAUCUGCGAACUGAAGUGCCGCUUUGUGGUGAUAUUGGAGAGACUAUUUCACAGAUGCUCGGCCAGCUUGGCACCUCGUGGAAAUACGCGGAAAAUACGGAAUGGUGGACAAAUUUGACGGCUAGCAGCGUCAAAAAUAAGAAAGCGGUGGAGGCGAUGGCCGUCGAUCACAGCACUCCACUCAACUACUAUGCCGCCUAUCAUCCCAUCCGCGAAUUCCUGCGCGAAAACGACGUGAUUGUGGUGAAUGAGGGGGCGAAUACCAUGGAUAUUGGAAGAACGAUGAUGCCCAAUGCGCUCCCGAAACGCCGCCUGGAUGCUGGGACUUUUGGAACGAUGGGUGUCGGGCAGGGCUAUGCAAUUGCGGCCGCCCUCUGGGCCAGAGAUCAUUCCCCAAAAACCAAGGUGCUGGUCGUCCAGGGUGAUAGCGCGUUCGGCUUCAGCGGCAUGGAGCUCGAGACGAUUGCUAGAUACAAACUGCCCGUGGUGACGGUAAUCCUGAACAAUUCUGGGAUCUACCGUGGACUGUCGCCUGAAGAUAUGGCAUCUGUUGAUGGAGAUCCUACCCUCCAAUUCCCCGUUCUAUCACUCAGCGCGGAAUGCCGUUACGACAAAAUGUGCGAAUCGCUUGGGGGGGUCGGAUACACGGCCAGAACGGUCCCCGAAAUCAAGCAGUGCCUCGCUAAAUCAUUCGAAGAGCCCUCCCGCCCGUCCCUGAUCAAUGUAUUCAUCGCCACCGACAGCGAGCGAAAGAAACAAGAACACAACUGGCUCACAAGAUCCAAGAUG